UUGUUACAUGCGCUCAUGAUACAUGUUCUUUAUGCAUUGAAUUAAUGAUUUAUUCAAGGUCUAGAUUGGUUGAUCGCAGAUUUUUCAAAAAUUCAAUUGUCUUAAGAGUAAUGAUAAUCAUGCUACGAGGCAAUGGAUGUACGCAAGAAUUGAUCCGAAUACCAAUCAAGUUUCUAAUGCAUUUAUAGAAGGAUUGCAAUAUUUCUUGGUUGUUGCUAAAAACCAUGUUUUAUUUACUCAAAAGCAGAAAAAAUUUUACCCGUGUAGUAAAUAUGAGAAUAGAAAAUUUCAUGACGAGCAAACAGUUGUUGGCCAUUUAUAUAACAGUUAGCCCAUUUUUAGUAAAGUUUUACACUCUUUAGCUUAAGUUGUUUAGAUUAGUCCAUUGAGCCUUCCUUUUGUUUCUAUAAACCCACAUUUUUAUUCUCCUUUUAGACCAAGCCUUUUUUGUGUUGAAAGAAGAGUUAAUUAUUCUCUAACUUUUUUUUAGGGAAAAUUGGAUAAAUGAGACACUUUGAACUUUUAUUUAUCACAGUAGAAUUUCUGAUAUUUUGGACAAUUCUGGACAUAUUUUACCUUUUCUAUGAAAAAAAUAGUAAACUAAAUUUUAAAAAUGUUAAAAAAUAUCAAAACUAUUGGAAACAUAAGUAUGACAAUAUAUAUGUUUAAAUUGUUUUUUUUUAAAGAUGAAUCAUAUUUUAUUUCAUCUUCUAGCUACAGUUACAAUAUUCAUUAUGGUCAUCUACUUAGUCUAGAAAUCGGCUACUAAUGUUUAUACAUAGAUAUAUCUUUGGUAUACAACGUCACCUAUCUUUUCUUAUAUAUUCUAACCAUAGCUAGGUUACGUUACGUUAUAAUCAAGAAAGAUGUCUUCCGUAUACCUUUAGCUUGAUAACGACAUAUAGCCACAAUGCGUUGAUAUACCUUAUCUAUAUUUGGAGCCAUGAUAUGUUUUUUGUUUUACCUUAUGUGGCGCUUGAGAAAGAAUAUGUUUUACAUCUACUUUACUGUGUUCUGACUUCCCUAGGUUAUACAUUCUACAGGAAAUCCGAAAAAUAUGGAAACUUCCAUAAUCGGUUAAAGAUGUUUCUUAAAUCUAAACUAAAUCUUCCCUAAAUAUCUCCAAAAAUAUUUUCUCCCACGUUUUUCUCCUUCUCCCACGAUCUUUUGUCGUCGUUCUUUGUGUUUCUCUCUUCUUCAUCGACAUAAUCAUCUCUCUUUUCUCUAUCAAUACAACAUGGUUCUAAUCUAUGUCAAAUCUGGUGAAUGGAUGUGUAGCCGCGGUGAUGACUGGAGUUUCAUGGUAGACAAAGAAAGGCGUGGUCGAAUGGUAACAUUAGCAACUACUACGUUGAAGCAGCUCAAGAUAAUGGUGUGUGAGGAUUAUGGGGUGGACCAUAAUGCCAUUAAUGUCGAGUUCAGUUAUUCGUUGUUGACUCAAAGAGGGAAUCCUCCAAUUAUUAUCACCAAUGAUCGGCAAGCAUCUAAUUUUGUGGGCUAUGCAAAGAGGGAAUCGUCUACUACCUUGUGUGUGAUGUUCUCUGUUUCUGGUGUAAGUCAAAAGGAACGAGUCAAUAUCGAUUUGAAUAAGGAGCCUUGGGAUUCAAGUAAUGUUGAGGAUGAAGAAGUUCCUGAGAUAAAUCGAGUAGAGUUUGUGAAGCCGUCAAAGGAGUCUUGUGUUAGAAGAACGAAUCAUGUCACUGCGGAUGGUUGCGGUGCUUUAAGAAGUGAAAACAUUAAACUUUGUCAAAACAAUGGAGACAGUGAUAAGGAUGGUCGAGCUUGGAGAGGAGACUUCGUGAAGAAGGAUCAAAUUUUCACAAGUAAAGGGGUUCUGAAGGCAACAAUGGAAAUUUUGGCAAUGAAGAAUAAUUUCGAUUAGCCGUUAUCAAAUCCACGAGAAAAUGAUGUUAUAUUCGAUGUCAGGAUGCAUUGUGCAACUGGACUGUGCGUGCAGAAGGUAUAGAUGGGUCUACAUAUUUCAUGAUCAACCAAUGUGAUGGAAGACAUUCAUGUGCUCCUUCAAAGAAAAGGAAAUUCGGAAAAACAGCAUCGGCAAGAACAAUUGGGAGUAUGAUACAACAUCGAUUUGAUGAUGCAAACGAUGGCCCAAAACCAAAUGACAUCAUUCAAUUUAUGAGAUUGGAGCAUAGUUGUGAGAUUACUUAUUGGCACGCUUGGGAAGCUUGUGAGUUUGCUAUUGCAGCUGCUAGAGGUAUACCAGAUCGCAGUUACUCUAAAAUACCAGCAUAUUUGCAUAUGAUUAAAUAAGCUAAUCCUGGUACGCAUACUCACUAUGAAACUAAUGAGAAGGGAAGAUUCAUGUAUCUAUUUAUGUCAUUUGGGCUAUCAGUUAGAGGAUUCUGCAAUGCAAUGCGAAGGGUGAUUAUCGUUGACGGAACUUUUCUGAAAAAUAAAUACAAAGGGACACUUCUUGUUGCUACUGCUGUAGAUGGUAACUCUAAUUUGUAUCCGAUUGCAUUUGGGGUUGUUGAUUCAGAGAAUGACGAUUCAUGGGGGUGGUUCUUCAGACAGUUGAAAGUGGUUAUUACUGAUUGUCAAGACCUAGCUUUUGUCUCAGAUAGAAAUGUGUAUAUUUCUAAAGCUAUUGGGACUGUCUACCCUCGAUCAGCACAUGGAAUUUGCAUUCAUCACUUAUUGACCAAUGUGGUCUCAUUUUUCAAGACAAAAGGGUUGACUGCGUUGGUGGAAAAGGCUUCACGGGCAUAUAGGUACACUGAAUUUCAAGAAUGUAUCACCAAAAUUUUUGAUAUGAGUCCUGAGCUUGGAAGAUAUCUACGGGAGGCUGAUGUGCGCAAAUGGGCUCGUUCUCUCUUCCCUGGCUCCAGGUAUCAUAUUAGGACCAUGAACCCUGCAGAGUCUAUAAAUUCAGUUCUUAGAAUACCUAGAGAAUAUCCGGUUAUUCCUUUGCUUGAUAGUAUAAGAGAACUGUUGACUCGAUGGUUCUAUGAGCGUCGCUUGUUAAGCUCAAAGCAUCUAGAUCCUUUAACCGCUAAGGUGCAGAGAAAGAUUGAUAGGAAAAUUGUGAAGGCAAAAGGAUUCCAGGUUUACAAGGUUGACAACUUCAGAUCGGUAGUAAAAGGAGACAUAUAUGAUUGUCAUGUUGAUUUGGAAAGAAGAACAUGCAUAUGUGGUAAGUAUGAUAUAGGAAAAAUUCCUUGCCGACACGCCAUUCCUGCAAUUUAUUCACGAGGUAUGGAAGUGCACAGAUUCACUGACACCUUAUAUAUCACUGCAGCGUGGAGAACCGCUUAUGCAGAUUCCAUUAAUCCAAUAGCAGUUCUAGAGUCUGAAUGGAAUGUCCCUGCUGAGGUUAAACUUGCAAAGGUUUUACCAGCAAAGACAAGAAAGAGUGCUGGUCGACCAGUAAAGAGAAGAUAUGAAUCAGUAGAAGACAAGAUCGCAUCUUCUCAAGGAUCAAGGAAGAAUAAAAAGCAUAAGUGCAGCUGUUGUGGAACCGAAGGACACAAGAGAGGAACAUGCGAUUUACCCAUCUAGUUUGUUAUGUGUCUGCAUCUGUCUUUUUUUUUUCAUUAUUGCUCUUGAAACUAUUUGAUCUUCUGUUUAAGAACCUAUUUGACAAUUUGGUAUUUGGUAGUUGCUAAACUCUA